ACAAGAUCUACCAGCUGCAGAAGAUGAAGUUUUCUACUAGGCUAGGCAUCCCAAGCUCUACAGUUCAGCAGAGUUCCAUGUUAGGGAAGGUGCUACCAGAGCUAAAAGUGAGAAUCCAAAGGAUUUUUUACUCAAGGAGCAACUGUCAUUAUGCAGAAUAGAGCAAGAGCUUGAACAGUUACAGGCUAGGAAGAAGGGCC